ACACAGGAAACUGUGCUAAAAGUUCAAUUCAUUCCCCACCACUGCCCACCUCCAGCGCUGGCAGCAGAAUGGCAGCGGCAGCCCCCAACCCGGAGGACUCUGCCAGGAGCAGCGGUAGCGGCGUCACCGGGACACCCAGCGCCCUUGCCGGAGACGGGGACGCGGAAGAGACCGAGGACUUCACCUCCUCCUCCCACUGCUCGGAGCUGUCUCGGCGGCAGAACGAGCAGAGAAAGCAGGGCUUGUUCUGCGACGUGACGCUGGCCUUCAGCAGCGGGGUGGCUACCGGGAGCGUCCAGAGCUGUGAGUUCUCAGCCCACAGGUCUGUCCUGGCUGCGGCCACCGAUUAUUUCACCCCCCUGCUGGGAGGACAGUUCUCCGAGUCCUUGUCCGGACGGGUAGAGAUGAAGGAAUGGAGCUCAGAACUGGGGCCGGACCCGGAUACGGUGGAGAGUGUCAUCCAGUUUAUGUACACUGGAGAAAUACGCGUUAGCACCUGCAAUGUACAUGAAGUACUGGAGCUAGCUGAUAGAUUCCUCCUGCUGCAGCUAAAGGAUUUCUGUGGCGAGUUCCUUAAGAAGAAGCUGAGCCUGACCAACUGUGUGGCGGUGCACAGUCUAGCCCACAUGUACACCUUGGACCAGCUGGCUCUACGGGCUGCAGACAUGAUCCGCCGCAACUUCCACAAGGUAAUCCAGGAUGAGGAGUUCUACACGCUGCCCUUCCACCUGGUCCGUGACUGGCUCUCUGAUGCAGAGAUCACAGUGGAUUCUGAGGAGGUGCUGUUUGAGGCUGUGGUGAAGUGGGUGCAGAAGAACCCGGAGGAGCGAAGCCGUUACUUUGAGGAGCUGUUCCGCCUCCUGAGGCUGCCCCAAAUCAAGCCCACCUACCUGACCAGGGUGGUGAAGAAUGAGCAGCUGGUGGCUGCCAACGAGGCCUGUCUCCGGCUGGUGUCAGAGGCGGUGGAGGGCCACGCUAUUCGCUUUGAGAACCUCAAGUCAGCUGACAUGGAGUUCUGGUCCUCCCACAUGGCCUCCUUUCAGCCUCGCUUUGGCCAGAACAUGGACGUCAUAAUGGUAGUAGGGGGUGUGUCAGAGGGCGGGGACUACCUGAGUGAGUGUGUGGGCUACUUCAUUUACGAGGACCGUUGGGUCAACUUGCCGCACAUCCACAACCACCUGGAUGGCCAUGCCAUCGCUGCCACAGAGUCCCACGUCUACGUAGCCGGUUCUAUGGAACCAGGCUUUGCUAAGACGGUGGAACGUUACAAUCCUAAUCGCAACACCUGGGAGCAGGUGAGCAACCUGACCACACGCAAGCACUCCUUUGGCCUCACCUGCAUUAAGGAUAUACUGUACAGCAUCGGAGGCCAUGGAAACUUCAGUCCUGGUUUCAAAGACGUAAGUGUGUACGAGCCUGAGCAGGACAAGUGGCACAAUCUGGAAUCUGCCCCCAAAAUCCUGCGGGAUGUGAAGGCAGUGAGCGUGGAGGAUCGCUACGUGUACGUCACGGCGCGCACACCUGUCGAUACAGAUAAUGAGGACGGACUGAAGACGGUGACCACGCGCUAUGACACAGAGAGCCGCCAGUGGCAAGAUGUUGAGUCCCUGCCCCUUAUUGACAACUACUGCAUCUUCCAGAUGGCUGUGGCCUCUACUAACUUCUACCACACCGCCUCCUGCUGCCCCAAGAGUUACACAGUGAGGGAUGAGGUUGCCAAGCAGAAGAUCAGCGUGCGCAUCUCUGAUGAGAUCCUGGAGAGCCUGCCACCGGAGGUUACCAGCAUCGAGGGGGCUGCCAUCUGCCAUUUCGAUGAGGACGUCUUCAUCAUCGGAGGCUGGAAGAACAGUGAUGAUGUGGACAAGCAGUACCGCAAGGAGGCCUACCGCUACUGUGCUGAGAGGAAGCGCUGGAUGCUGCUGCCGCCCAUGCCUCAGCCUCGCUGCCGAGCCACCGCCUGCCAUGUCCGAAUCCCUUACCGUUUCCUGUAUGGCUGCCAGCGCUACCCCAUGCCUCAGAACCUGGCCCGCCAGCGAGAUCGAAUGCAGCAGAUGCAGCAGCUUCACCGGCGCACGCUCACCCUGCGCCGGCAGCUCCAGUCGCAGAUAGAGUGCUGAGCAAGCCGGUGUCCAUCCAAGAACUGCACGGCUCUGUCCGAGGAUACACUGCAAGCCACCGUUCCAUUGCAGCCAUCUUCAUCUCUCAUGUUUAACAUGCUGCAGCAGGUCUUGUGUUGCUGUCAUCCUGGAUUUCAUUGAACUGAACUCUGUGCCGUCGGCUUUCAUGCUGUGUUGUGUUAAUGGCUAAUUUGUCGAAAGCCAUGAAAUGUGUGAGCGGGUGUGUACCGACCAACAGGUGGUCUGUGAGGAAGGAUAUGGCGGAUGUAAACAUGUGAAUAAGAGUGUUAUAUAGCAGCCAACAACUGAAUAUCCUUUUGUCAACUAUGUUGGUAUAGAUGCUGUUUAUCUGUUUGUACAUAAAAAGUAAAAAAAGCUGUAUAUGUAAACAUUUAUAUGGAUAUUUUACAUUCCUUUAUUGUAUGCCUAUACUGGAAAGGAGUUGUGGCAUUACUAAUAACUGCAUUCCUACAUUCAAUCCAACUUGUUUAAUGAAGCGUCAUUCCAUUGUAACACUGUGACAAUCUCUUCAUGUAACAUUGGUUCAAAGGUCCAACUCUAGCUUAUACCAUAAUUGCUCUAGUAGAAUGGCUCUGCUUGUUACUGUGCAGCCUCAACUAAAUGUGAAUUAAUUCAGAAAGUCUGAUAGUCCUAAAAUCCCAUAGAUCCUGUAGUUUGCUUUUAGAUUUCCCUUCAACAGUUGCAUUGAGAAUGAGAAGUAAAUCAUUUUUGUUGCUCAUGUAAUACUUGAAAACUAGUAAUCUUCCGUGAGGUUUUUGAAGAGGUGAAAUGAUGAGAGAACUGUAAUGUUGAAAAGAUGUGAUAAGGCGAAACUAAAUCAUUUCUGUGAGUUAUCUUAACAUCGAAACAUUCUAUUUGGCCACUGCAUUAAGCACCGAUCAUUGGCAAUGGCUCGAUCAUUCCUUUUGCACUUUUGCCAGUCUAUUGCUCGGGAAAUUCCCAUUCAUUCAAGAAAAAUACAUUGAACAUGUGUAUAUCUGUGAGUGCAAGAGUGUGUAUGAUUUGUGUUUGCAGCGCUUCUCUAGAACUGCACUUUUUUGACAUUGUAUUGUUUGGUAAGUCUUAAAGAAACAUAGGGAUUUAAGUUGCCAGUGCACUUUGACUUUGCUCAGUUCAUUUAUUUCAUUUCAGACGAGGUGAUUGUAUUUUGGAAAUUAUUUGUUUUAGCCAGCUCCAGACAGUAAGUUUUCUUCUUUGAAAAAAAACAUGUUAUCAUUAUUUGCAGAUUUGUUUCCAGCCACGUCUGGUAAAACCAUGUGUUACUGUACUUCACUUCUAACUGGGUGUAUAUAAGAGGUCUGCCAUGUUGUUCUGUGAUCUCUUUUCAGUCUCCAAAUAGACUUAGAAUUGAGAUGAAAAGGAAUCUGACUUGUAGGCUAAACAAAAGGGAUUGUUAUAUGAAUGUGUUGUGACUGAUAUUCAGAAAUUCCCACUGUCCAUGCAGCGCCUAUUACAGCAUAAAGGUUACAGAGCGCAGAAAUGAUAUUCAUUUCCAGUUUAUGACCGACAUAAAUCGCACUGCAAAUAUAUAAAAGUGGAAUAAGCUAUGUAAGUUGCUUUGCAUGUGAUAGUCUGACAUUGUGUCCUUAUAUUGGAUGUAAGAAAUACUAAUGUCAUCACUUGCAUUAAAGUUGUUUUGUAAAACAGA